CGUAUUAUAUUGGUUGGAAGGCAAAGGAAGGGCAGCACCACCACAGUUUCACAUUCACUCACCCAAUUUUAUUUCUUCCCUAACCCCUUUCCCUUCCCCUUCUCUUCUCCAUGGAGGAGAAACGCCGCGAAGCUGCUCCCUCCGCCGCAGAUUCCCCGGCAUCGGAGCCCGCAUCGUCUCGCCGCCGCGCCGGGGCCAACAAGCGCAAGUCAGCCGCUCUCAACGCCUCUGGUUCCUCCUCCGCCCCCUCCAAACGCGCCGCUCGCGACAAGGCCUCGCCGCUCCACCCUCCUCCCCUCCACAAUGGCCCCCUCACCCGGGCCCGCCAGACCCCCAACUCCCUCGCCGCCGCCGCUUCCUCGAACGCCGCUGCUUCCGCUCCCGCUGCCGUCAAACACUCCGAACGCACCCAUCCCUCUGCUGCAGACUCCGCCGCGCUCGCCGAGCAGCUGAGGAAGGAGAGCGAGUGGGAGACUCUGGAGGCGGCGAUUGAAGCGGAAUUCGAAGCCAUCAGAUCUCGCGGUGCCAAUGCGCACGUAGUUCCCACUCAUUGCGGUUGGUUUUCAUGGUUGUAUAUUCAUGAAAUUGAGAAGCAAAUGUUACCUUCUUUCUUUAAUGGCAAAACUGAAAAUCGGACGCCUGGUGUAUACAUGGAGAUACGAAAUUGGAUAAUGAAGAAGUUUCAUUCAAAUCCGAAUGUGCAAAUUGAAUUGAAAGAUAUGUCACAGCUUAAUGUUGGAGAUAUGGCUGCUAGGCAAGAGGUAAUGGAGUUUCUGGAGUACUGGGGUUUAAUUAACUUCCACCCAUUCCCUUCAAUGGAUUCUGCCGUGGCCACUGCCAGUGAUGACGGAGAAGCAGAAAAAAGUUCUUUGGUUGAAAAAUUGUAUCACUUUGAAACUCUGCAAUUAUGUCGACAUGUUCAAAGGUCUAGCCAAAUGACUCCAGCUACAGCCUCUGGCUUGUUUCCAGAGUCUACCAUUGCUGAAGAGUUGGCUAAACAAGAGGGGCCAGCUGUUGAGAUGCUUGAGUACCAUUGCAAUUCAUGUUCUGCUGAUUGUUCUCGCAAACGUUACCAUUGCCAGAAGCAGGCAGAUUUUGAUCUGUGUUCCGACUGCUUUAGUAAUAGAAGAUUUGGCUCUGGCAUGUCUUCAUUGGAUUUUAUUCUCAUGGAACCAGCUGAAGUUGCAGGGGUUAAUGGUGGAAAGUGGACUGAUCAAGAGACCCUUCUGCUACUUGAAGCCUUAGAACUUUAUAAAGAAAAUUGGAAUGAAAUUGCUGAACAUGUUGGAACAAAAACAAAAGCUCAGUGCAUAUCGUACUUUGUUCAAAUGCCAAUUGAGGAUACCUUUGCUGAAUUUGAUGAUAAUAUUGAUGCUGGUUGCAAAGAACCAACAGAUCCAGUUGCAGCAAACAAUGACUCAUCUGUGGACAAGGAUGCUUCAGAGUGUAUUGAGAAUGAUACUAGCGAUGGCAUCAAAGACCAGGAUAAAAAUUCCAAGGCUGAGGAUGUUGAAGUAAAGGUGAAUCAAGAGGAGAAUCUAAAGUUACAAGAAGGUAGUGAUGAGAAAGCCAGUGAGGGAACUUCUAAAUCUGAAGAUGCUGUUAAGGGGAAGUCUGAUCAGGAAGCAGGCAAUGAAUGUGCUAUAAAUGCUCUCAAGGAAGCAUUUGCUGCUGUUGGUUAUUCUCCUGGACCUGAUGGACCUUCUUCAUUUGCUGAAGUGGGUAAUCCUGUCAUGGCACUGGCAACGUUCCUUGCACACUUGGUGGGUACUGAUGUGGCUGUUGCUUCAGCUCAUAGCUCCAUAAAAUCCAUGUCAAGAAAUUCUCCUGGCACUGACCUUGCUGCAAGGUGCUGCUUUCUUCUAGAAGAUCCGCCAGAUAAUAAGAAUGAACCAACUAGUUCUGAGAAGGAUUCUAAAAGUGAGGGAGAUCAGGACGAAGUAAAUGUAAAGAAGGACAAACCAAUGUUGGAUGAUAAAGAUUUACCAAAUGAUCACAGUAAUAUGAAAGUUGGAAGUGACACUUUAGAAGACAAGGGACAGCCGGCUUCCACAGAUGGUGCAGCCUCAGAAAAGCCAAUUUCUCCAAAGGAGCAACCAAUGGUUAAUCAUGAAAGUGGGCUUGACAAUUGUAAUGUUCCUAUCAGUGCAAAGCUAUCCAAUGAUCAAGCACCAGACACUCUGCAUGAUUCAGGUGGUUCAACAUCCAAGGUUGAAACUAAAUCUAAUUCUGACCAGGUUCAGGAGGGAUCCUUAAUUGAAGAACCUUGUCCUGCAAAGGGCAUAUGUGUGUCUGAUUCUCUUCCAUUGGAGAAGAAAGAACAUCAGCCACUAAAAUCCAAUUUACCAGGAGAGUGUCCAAAGCUAGUAGAGACAUCAAAAUGUGAGAUAGUCUCUGAUUCUAUUCCCCCAACUAAGAACAAGUCUCAAAAUCCACAAUCUACAAAUCCAGUAUGUGAAUCUGUAGAAACAACAGACUCAGCCAUGGAUGUUGAAGGAGUUUCUAAUUCCUUGCCGUCAGAAAAGGUCGACUCUCAGGCACUAUUUACAACAAAGUCAUCCCAAUGUAAUGGGAUAGAAAAGGAUGUAGAUAUGAUGUCACCAUCAAAUCCAGUUAGACCAAAUUCUGCUACUGAAAAUGGUGCAAAUACAGGGACAGGUAAAGAUCAGACAGAUAAUGGAGCAAAAGUGGAAGAUAAAGAUACAAGGAUUAAACAGGACAGCAAUUUUGAGAAGAUGAAACGAGCUGCAGUUUCUACACUUGCUGCAGCAGCAGUAAAAGCAAAAGUUCUAGCAAAUCAGGAAGAAGACCAAAUCCGACAGCUUACUUCCUUGUUAAUAGAAAAACAGUUGCUCAAGUUGGAAACUAAGGUGGCUUUUUUCAAUGAUGUGGAGAAUGUGGUGAUGAGGGCAAGGGAGCAUGUGGAGCGAUCAAGGCACAAGCUUUAUCACGAGCGUGCGUUGAUUAUUGCAUCGCGGCUUGGUAUACCAGCUUCGUCCUCUAGAGGUAUAGCACCAACUGUAUCAACUAAUAGAUUUCCUACAAAUAUUGCGAACUCACUCCAAAGACCACAAAUGAUGAUGAGUCCACAAAGGCCACUUCUUUCUAGACCUGCAGCCACUGUUGCUACAACUCUCCAAAACCCAUUAGCAUCUUCGACUGCAGCAGGAAAUUCAGUUCGGCCAUCUAACCAGGAAAAACUUUCUUCUGUUGGGACAAAAUAAAGGUUCAGUACAUCUGCUAAAAAGUUAUUGUCUUCAUACGUACUGAUCUCUCGCCAUCAUUUUGACAAUGUGAGUAUGCAUUCUCAUUUUGUUGUGGGUUUUCUUUUAGUUGAGGUCAGCAGCUUAGUUGAGUGUUAUAUAGUAGAUCAUAACUGGUAAUUUUAGUUAACAAAGUAAAUAGAAAAAAAAUUACGCAAAAAAGACAACUAUUAUUAGGAAACGAAGUGAAAGAAAUAUAUGGAGUUCAACUUGGGAAUAUUUGAGGAGAAAGCAUGACAGUCCGUUUCCAAUUUGGAGACAUGAAUCUGUAUUUUGACCUUAUUUUUUAUUGUAUUUUUCUCUUUCCUAUAUUGGGAAUUGUCAUAUGUUCGUUUUUCUUUUCCUUUUUGGCCUCAACUCCCUGUUUCUACACAUAUAGCAUUCCAGUCAAUAGAGUUUAUCGAGUAUGAUUUAAAUACUUAUUUUUCUCAUUCAUGGAAAUUAUACUUCUUUCACUAUUAUUUUUCCUCUUACACAAUGAACUUUAACCCUAAUUCAUUUUUAUAAAACCUACUUAUAAAAUUAGAUUUACCCACUUUUAUAUUAAAUUUAGUCAUAUUUCUAAUCGACAAGAAGUUUUCAACAUUUCUCAUUGCAUUAGGAACGUUUUUAUCAUAAUUGCACAUGCUUUAGAGAUGACUCGACUCCUUUGUUCAAAGCAAUACCUUUUUUGGUUGUUUUUAGUGAGAAGCUAAUCUUCCUUAAUGGAUACCGCGCUCAUCUUUAUAAGUUUUUAAUUAUUCAUUUACCUUAGUUCCAGUAUAGUUGCUUGCUUGGUUCAAUUAUUAAUAGUUCUGUUAUAGACGCUUGUUGCAUGCAUUGUAAUUAAUUAACGGAUACCACUUGAUCCAGUCAAUUGUUUCAAAGGUCAAGUGCUGGUUAGGACUAACUCCAAAUUGACGACGAUUGGAAAUUCAGUGAGCAGAGUAGCACAUUGGAAGUUCAUCCUUACCCGAUAUAAGGAGCCGCCGGAGUUGAGAGGAUUUACUGAUAUUUUGAAGUUGUAGAGCCAUUUUUUUAAAAUUUAUUUUUGAAGUAUUUAACUUAAAACAAGUGGAUAGUUGUGCAAAAUUUGCGCGUUCAAUCCUAUAACUUUAAUGCUAUUCACUGCAUUAUUUUUUUGAGAGCAUAUUGAAAUUUGGAUGACUUCAUAAAGAAUAUAGCAAUCUCGCAAUGAACAAGAAUUUGCUA